AUUGGGGUCACUGUCUAAACUAGAACAUGGUUCAUCCAAAAAGGACAAAGAAAACCGUGAUAAGAAGGACAUAAUGCCGGAAGAGAAACUUGGGGACGAUGAUGAAGAGGAGUCUAUUCCAACAGUUGAUUCAAGAGGGCAAGCGUUGAUCCAGAGAUACGUCCUAAUACAGAGAGAUGAACGGGGUUAUGGACUAACAGUCAGUGGUGACAAUCCAGUAUAUGUGCAAUCAGUCAAAGAAAAUGGCGCAGCUGCAAAGGUCGGAGUGCAACAAGGGGACAGAAUCAUCAAGGUUAAUGGGACUUUGGUGACUAACUCCAAUCAUACAGAAGUUGUAAAGCUCAUCAAAUCGGGCUCUUACGUCACUCUCACACUCCUUGGGCGUCCACCAGGGGGCAGCACUAAAUCAAAACCCCUAGAGCCACCUCCACAGCCUCGUUAUCAAUCAGGCGGGAGCCAUAACACAAUAUCACACCUUGCCUCACCAGGAUCAGGGAGUGAGCGCCCAGAACGGCACAGCAUACAUUUAGACAGAAUCAGCAGUCCAUCUGCGGCAGAGCCGGGAAAGGACCAGGAGCUAAAGAGUCAAAAAUAUAUGACCCUGCGUAUGAUGUAUGAUAGUUCAUUGGAUGAAUAUGAGCAAUUAAGAAAUAAGUAUUCACGAAACCCGUCAGACGAGCUUCAGGGAGAACUAAAUGAGGCCCAUAAGCGGGUUGUUGUAAUGGAAAAACAAUUGAAUGCAAUAGGAUUCCCAGUUCAGCCCCAAACACCAAUUCCAUAUAACCAGCCUGUCCCUAGUACCCCAGGAGCAACAGAUACGGACAGACCCCCGCCCUCACCCAUGAUGGACGCGAUAAACGAGAAUGAAAUAGAUGGCUCUGCCUAUCAGUUUCCGACUGAAAAGAAAGCAACGCCAUGGUUGAAGGGAGGUACCAAACACACAAAAACUCGUUCAAUGCCCGAGGAAUUAUUUCACGUCGACCAGUUAGUCGAAAUGCCAAUCACAGAAGCCAACGUUGUAAGGUCACAUUCAGAUGUGACCGCGCCCAAAUUACGAAAACUUCAACCAGCGGAUUCAUAUCCAGAUCUUGCUGAACAGAAAGCAGCUGCCAUGGAGAAAUCACGGUCUUUGGAUAUGAGGAGAUCUGUAAUGAUGAGAAAGACUGUGUCACUGCCGUCGAGUGCUUCGUACGAGAGUGGAAGUAUGUCAGAUUCAGAGACAAAUAUCAGCCCGCCUGCUUCUCCAUCGCUUGCACCGAUUACAACAGCGUGGAGUGAGGAGAACCAAUCAGAAUCUAUGGAGGAGAUCGCUCAUAAUAGCUCUAAUGAUACAGAGGUUUCUGUUUCCGUGGUUCCUCCUAGCCCUAUACCACAUGAGGCGACUCAAUCCCAGCAGCCUUUGCAACAUGUCUCUCCCCACCAGGUUAACGUCAUAUCAAUGGAGGACGAAGAAUUCUCGACAGAUGAUGAACAUGUGGUCGACCACGGAUCUUUCAGCGAUAUGAAUAUGUUGUCAAAUAAACCAGCGCAUCUUGCUGUUUUCAUGCACUACUUGAUUUCCAAUAGUGACCCGUCACCACUGUUUUUCCAUUUGAUAACUGAACAGUACCAACAGGGUUCAUUAAAAGAAAUGAAGAAAUGGGCUUAUGAGAUACACUCAACCUUCCUAGUGGAUAAAGCACCACUGAGGAUGAACGUAGAGGAAGGCAUAGUAUCAAAUGUGGAGAAUAUUCUCCUUCAUAAAUGUGAUAAAGAAGAUGCUAUGAGGUCAGUGUUCCAUCUUGCCAAACAUUACGCUAAAAACGAAAUUGCAGACCUUUUGGCUGACUUCAGGACGAAACGUGCCUUAGGACUAGGGAGUAUAUUUGGGGACCACGAGCUGAGCUCUGACAACAUGGAUCGAGCCACCGAAAUUCGUAUCAUUGAUAAAUACCUCUGGCCUCAUUUUGACUCAUUACUCGAAACUGUGAAUGACCCUCGCAACCAUGCCAUGACCUUAGCCUUAGCAACAUUUCUGAAGCAAGUGGGUGUGUCCCGUGCAAGCAUCGAGAGACACCCGUCCUUUGUCUCCAAGGAUAAGAAAAUUUUCAAGUUUAAAACUAAUAAAAAGAUGUUUGUCAAGAAUCACUUGUUUCAACCAGCCCACUACCAUAACACAAGCUACUGUUGCCAUUGUGGCCAGCUGAUCUGGGGUGUCGGCUACCAGGGGUUCCAAUGUUCUAACUGUGAGACUAACGCCCACAGACAAUGUGUGGACCAUGUACAGGAUGUCUGCCAAGGGUCAUCCAAAACCAAGAUGAAGAGUAAACGAUCGUCAAUGUUGGACAAAAUCAACGCGAUUACACGAAAGCCUAGUCAACCAAACCCUGCUGCAAUGCCUUCCCAGCAUCCCUCGCCAAACCCAUACGCCACAUAUCCACCCCCACACACAACCACGACGCAAUAUCCGUCAUCACAAAUGCCAACGUCGAUACUCUAUCCUCCAGUUCGAGAAGCACAGAGGCAGCAUGAAGAAAAAGAACGGGAGAAAGAACAAACCGUGAGCCCAACAGGAUCUUCGGUCUUCCAUAUCCACAGUGCCCUACAGGAAGAGGAGGAGUCACAAGAGAAAGCCAGCAAUAGAGUAAACCGCCUUAAGGAUAGGUUUGAGGAGAUGGCCAAGACAUCUGGUGACGAGAGAUCUCCGGGUGACGGGCCUUCAGGCAGUAGCAACGAGACACUAGACAAGGUUGAGGAAAAGCCAGUUGCAGCAGUAAAUCUAAACAGAUCGGAAAGCUUAGACAAAAAACAGAAAAAGCAAUCCAGGGUCAGACGAACACGUAGUGAUGUCGCAGUUGAUAAUGACACAAUAUCAGCACUGUCGAAAUCUGGCAGUUCGUCCAGUUCUAGUCUAUCACCAGGGAGUAUUGACAGCCCUAGUAACUCAACAGAGGCUGUUAAUGACAAUGUCUCCAUGGUAACGACAAUGACCACAAUUUCCAACCAAUCAGAGUAUGAUUCAGACUUCGCUGCCGAUUCUGAGCUCCCGUCCUUAGAUACAUUUAUACCUAAAGAUGUUAUUAAAAAAUUAAAACCGAAAGAGAAAAAGCGACAAGAAGUCAUUAAUGAAUUGUUCCAUACUGAGAUAAACCAUGUACGGAAUUUAAAAAUCCUCGACCAAUUUUUUGAAAAACCAAUGGCAGGAGAAUCCUGGAUUUCGUGGGACUUUGUAAAGCUUUUGUUUCCAAAUCUCCAGGAGGUGUUGCAGUUACACAGUGCUAUAAACACUGCCUUUAAGGCGAAGAAAAAUGAAAAUAUAAAUUGUGUAGUUGGAGACAUAGCUAAUAUAUUCCUCGCAAGUUUCAAAGAUGAGUCUGGUGAGAAAUUCCGCAAUGCUUCUGCAAAAUUCUGCAAGAACCAAACAGUGGCUCUAGAGACAUUAAAGCAUAAGCGGCGAAAAGAUCAAAAAUUGAAUCAAUUCCUAGAUUCGAUCGAGAGCAAUCCAUUGUGUCGAAAGUUGCAGUUAAAGGACUUCAUCCCAGUCCAAAUGCAGCGGCUUACCAAGUACCCCCUCCUUAUAGAGAACCUCAUGAAGUAUACAUCUUCUUCCACAAAGGAGUAUGAAAAUUUGAAAGAAGCUCACCACUGGGCUAAAUCGAAUCUAGCGGUUGUGAACCAGGCAGUGAAAGAAUGUGAAAAUGUGCAAAAAUUACGAGAAAUGCAGCGACGGUUGGACCGUACCCAGUUUGAUAGGUCAUCUAACUCACUAGCAGCGGAAUUUAAGGAUCUUGACCUGACCAAGCACAACAUGAUUCACGAAGGAAAUCUAGUUUGGCGAAUCAGUAAACAAAAACAAAUCGACCUCCAUGUGCUUCUAUUCGAGGACAUUUUAGUAUUGCUACAAAAACAGGACGAUAAACUGGUGUUAAAAUUUCAAAGUACCACAGUUGUUGCUGGUAACAUGGACACAAAGUUCACCCAUAGUCCCAUUAUAAAACUAACUAAUCUGCUGACAAGGAAUGUGGCCACAGAUCCCAAGGCAUUCUUCUUAGUGAGCACAUCAAGUGUAGGUCCACAGAUCUAUGAGCUGGUCUCAUCUACCAAAGAUCUACGAAAAAAAUGGUUUAAAUACAUAACUGAAGCUGCUGAGGCGUACAAGGGCAAAGGGGGUAAAGCCACGCCUAAACCUGGGGGUGAAAUACAGCCCCAAGGUCCUAUUGUUACCACUGUGGUUGACAGCAAAGAAAAUAAUAAAACAGAUAAAAAUAGUGAUCCAACUACGACUAUAUACGAUCGUGAUAAAAUCAAUGGCUCUUUAGACAGCAUCGAGAAUAUCGAAAAAGAUGAAAAUAUUGUUGAAGUCCUGCAAGUCUCAGACGAGAGUCAAACCUUGAUUCAUCCAAAUGAGGUUGUUGUUUCUAAUGCGGUCUUUUCUCGUGUUGAACAAAUCCACACUGCUGGCGGUGAGGAACAUCCAACACAAGACCCAUUGAGUCGCAAAGAUGAGCUUGACAGAAUAAUCGAUAAUACGAUGGCUGAGAAAAAGAAAGUUCGAGCUGAGAUCCUCAAUGUACCAGUAGAAGCAGUAGACCACAUAACAGAGUUUGCAAUAGCUGAGCAACAGAAUACAGACCCAAGGGCGUUGCUACUGGCAACCGAGUCACUCUCGGACCAAUUAACCCAGCUUGUCAGUAAAAGCAUGGGAAUUAGUGAAGUUCCUGUCGCAUCAGAGGGAGCUAGUGGUGGUAAAGCUGAUACCGUUACCGUGCCAACCAAACAAAUACUUGACAUUAGCAGUAAUUUAAGACUCAAGUUAUCUAGGCUUAUGGAAGCAAUACUUAACAUAGAGGAAGAAGCAGAGACUCUCCGUAAAGAAAACAAAGCUGCCCAGGAUCUAAUGCAGAGUAGCGGAGAUUACUCUCGUCAUAGUCGUCCCGACAGCUUUAUCUCUGUGACAUCAUCAACCUCUGACGCCCUAGAAGAUGCAGACGAAUCAGGCCUCUUUGUUUCCCCACAAGGUGAGGUCACAAUCCAAGAAAGUGCAGUAGUCCACCAGGAAGCGCCAGUCAUCGUGCAACAACCAACGCUUGAAAUGUGCACCGAAACUGUCCUCAAAAUUGAGGAAGUCCAUGAAGCAUCAAUGCCGGAAGUAAAAACUAACGAAGCCAUUGAAAUAAUAGAUACGGAGGGUUCAGAAAGGGUAAAUGAGAUUGACAAUGACAAUGUUGUAAUUCCUUCAAUCGCUGUUGAAGAUGAUACAGACACUAUAACAUUACAUGAUGCCGCUAAUGAACAGACAGUUGUGUUUGAAGAUGUGGCCAUUACGGUACAUGAUACUGAGGAAUGGCUUAAAGACGAUAACUCAGUUGAGACUGAUGUCGAUUCAGGCGAGCCUGUUCAUAGUCCAAUCAUUAGCCCAAAAUCAGAAAAUCCCGAUUCUAAAACUCUGGACAAUGAAGACACAGUUAAAUUAAAACAGGAUGUGGAUGAUAAAGAAAAUGCAAAUACGGAACUUGAUGUAAAUUUGAAUACAUCUGGUGAUAGUUUAGAUAAGUUAUCUGAUUUAUCUAAUGACGAGAUAGUGAAUACAAAGACAGAUAAAAAUAGCACUUCUCCUGAGGAUAAUGAGAGUAAAAAAGAUGGCACUGCAGUAGGUGCGGUAUUCUAACAAACAGAAUUUCAUAGUUGAAUUAUAUAAAACAGCAAUUAUUGUAACCACUCCUACAAUUUUCUCAUUUAUGUUAAAAAAGUUUUCUGGAUAAUAGAAAAAUGAUUUGGAUCAGAAAAAGUAUUGACUUUUUGGAGGAUUGAACUGUAAAAAGAUUGGAUUCACAUGGAUUUGAAAUUGAUCGGAAUGGUUCCAAUAAAUGCCCAAAGGUGGCGUGGCGACUGUGAUUUUUGGACAGAAACAGGGAAUUUUUGUAUUUGUGUAAAAAAUGAGAUAUUCUGCCAUGAUUAUCACAAAUGGCAUACAGUGUACAAUAAAUUAGAUGACACACUAUGUAACCAAGUAGAUGUGCUUCAAAAUGGAUUAAUGCAGUAAAUAAAGCAUUGACAGAAUUCUUGCAUAUAUGGCAUUCACUGUUGAAAUGAACCAUUUAGUUAAUUGUGCUCAUAAAAAAAAAUUUAUGAAGAACUUUUUGCAGUAUUUGAUUCAUAAAUUCUUGUACUCUAAAAUAUUAUAUGGUAAAUUAUAUCAGGUUUAUAAGGUUUUAUGUCACUUAAAUUGUAGUUCCAAUAUUUGCUUGUACUGAAAUUAUGAUUUGUAUGUUCAGUAACUCUUGUACAUUUGAACACCUUUGUAUGUAGAACACAUCUGUACAUUGAACACUUUUGUAAACUGAACACUUUUUCAAGUGAACACCUCUAUAAAUUGAUCACUCUUGGUAAUGGAACAAUUAGGACUUUAAAAAACUAUCUGACUAAUUGGCCUUGUUCUUCUUAUGCCAAAUGUUUAUAUGCCAAGAGUAAAUAUGCCAAGAGUUGUAUGUUGUAGGUGUUACUGUGAUGUGUUAUUGAUCUAUCUAAAAAAUUUUGUAAAAUUCAAUUUUGAAAUUUAGAAAUGGUUGUGCAAAAUUUUGAGAUAUUUUUUAAUCUCUGUGCAAUAAAUUUUUAACCUGUGCUAACAUUUUCUGCAAAUUUUUUGAUGUUGGUCGUAUUUUGCAUUUAGCUCCUGCAUUUACACGAAUGUCUUGUUUAAUUUUCAAUUAUAUUCACAGAAAUUUUACAUCGCACUAGUUAAAUACAUACACAAUGAAUUCUAAGGCAAUAAGAAUAAGAAUAGUAAUGCAUUGGUUAUGUAACGGCAACCACAUGUUGUACAGCCGAUACAUAUAUAAUUUAAAUUCAAUUAUUUCUAUUGAAAUCACAAAAUAUGAAUGAAAUGGAUAAUCCGAUAGGACAUAGUUGUGACAUAUUUUUGGGAAAAUUGAUUUGUUAAGGUUGUAUCAAAAAAUGAUUUAAUGAUAUGAAAUUGUUAAUAACAAUUACUGAUUUUAUAAUUUCAAGCAAAUUAGAUCAUAUUGUUAAUUAUUUUCAGCUGUUAGGUGUUGUUUAAAUGAAAUUAUGCCAAAAUAACAUGAUUGUAUGAAAGCAAAAAUUGUCUUUCCUGUUUGUCAAAUAUCACAAUGUCCAUGUUUUAAAAUGAAACAUGAGGGAAAAGAGAAAAAUUAGCGAGGAAUAAGUGAACAGGCAUGUAGUUAUCACUCUCAAUUGUAAAGAAAUGCAAGAAAAUACUUUCCAUAAAAUUUAGGUUGAUUACCAUGGAAACAGACUGGAGUGUUUUCUCAUUCACAGGUGCAAAUUCUAAUAGAUGUGUUUAGAAUUUAAAUGUACCAUAAAGUGGCACUAUUAAUCGGCACCGUUAAUCUUUGAAUUCUGGUGUCGACUCAUGUAUCAAAAUAUAUGUUUCAAAAUGGUCAUUUGAACAUAAUAUGAAAAUAGCGUAAAUAGCUACCAUAUAUUGGACUUAGGUGGGUACCCACAUAAUGUAUAGAUGAAGAAAUAUUUCUUGUUUAAGCUAUAAAAUAAAUAAUAUAUAUACUAUGUAUAGAAAAAUAA